AUGGCUCGACAGAGAAAAGAAGAGACGAGAAUCGAGAACAAUAAUGACAUUGGAGGAUUUGCUCUGUGGAAUAUCAGUUUUCUUUGCGUGUUUGUGAAUGCAAUCUUGGUUCUGAGCUCAAGCUGGAUGGUUUCAAGUCGUAAAUCCUCCAUGUCUUUGGCAUUGGGACAGACGUAUUGGAAAGGCUUAUUUGCUCAAUGCACAUCGCACGGGGCACAUGGGUUCCACUGCGAUGACUACGAAGUUCCAUGGUUUCAAUUUGAUUCGCUCGUACUCAGUUCCAGAAUCAUGAUGAUAUUUUCUAUCUGCUUUGCUAUCCUGGCUCAUAUUGUGUAUUUUUUGAGUGGAAAUUGGAAUCUAGUGCUGAUUACAAUGGACCCUUUCAUUAAAAAAUGGCUCGCAAGAUCAGCAAGUCUAUUAUACCUUCUCUCCGGAACUUUCCUCAUCAUUGUUUCUGGUUUAUUCACGGACAUAAUCUUACAAGCUUACUCAAAUGAUUCAAAAAUGGGCCCGACUCACAGCAUAGGGAUGGUUCAACAUGACGAGAACCUGGUGCGGUACGAAUUUGGGGCAUGCUUAUAUUUGGGGUACAUUUUUGGUGCAAUUGAGUUGAUUCUUGCCGUGGCUGUUUGGGCACUGAAUCCUCAUGUUGAGAAGAAAGAUGAAGAAGAAAAUUAUACGAAGAGUUUCAAUCAGGAUUAUCUCUCUGUAUACUGA